AUGUCGGCCGAACCUGCUCCUGUCCCCAACAGCCCCGGGGUGUUUCCGGUCCAAAUUCCCCCCUCUGGGCCAAGCUCGAUCUGGGACCGGAUAUCGAAUUGGGCGGCUGAGCAUAGGGGCGUGGUGUAUACGGUUGCGGGGUUGACGCUGGUGGUGACGGCUGGAGGCGUGGUGUACUAUCUCACAGACUCGAGGAAAGAUUCUUCGGCACCGGGGCCCGCUACACCGAGCAAGCGGAAGAAUCGGCGGGAUCGCAAGAAGCGGUCGAAGGAGGCUGAAAAGGAAGCUUCGAAGGAGGAGGCAGGAGUAGAGCCGAAGAAAGCUUCAGUGGCAGCGGCAGUGGCAGAAGACGAGCUGCCUCAAGUUGAUGAGACUACCGUGUCGACGCUGUCAGAAGAGGAGCGGAAAGAAUAUGCGGCCAAGUUGAAGGCAGCCGGGAACAAGGCCUACGGAUCAAAAGACUACAACCACGCGAUUGAGCUCUACGGGAAAGCAAUUGUUUGUCGGCAAGACCCUGUCUUCUACUCGAAUCGGGCGGCCUGCUGGAAUGCCAUGUCGAAUUGGGACAAGGUCAUUGAGGAUACGACUGCAGCUAUUAAUCUAGACAAUGAAUACGUCAAGGCGCUGAACCGACGGGCAAAUGCAUACGAACAGGUGGAGCGCAAUAGCGAGGCGCUUCUGGACUACACAGCGAGCUGCAUCAUUGACGGGUUCCGGAAUGAGAACAGUGCACAGAGCGUCGAGCGCCUACUGAAAAAGGUUGCCGAGGCAAAAGGCAAGGCCAUCUUAGCGUCGAAGGAGAAGAAGCUGCCGAGCCCGACCUUUGUCACAAACUAUCUCCAGAGUUUCCGACCGAAACCUCCACCCUACGGUCUCGACGACGAUGCGGAGCUAGACGAGGAGAGCGGGAAGGGCCAGUUAAGGAAAGGCUUGUAUGCGAUGAACACCAAGACGGCUGAGGGCUACACGGAAGCUGCGGUGGCUUUUGACAAGGCCCUGGAACUAGGCGACCUCGGAGAGCAUGAGGCCUUCGCGUACAACCUGCGCGGAACCUUCAAAUACCUCCAGGGAGACAGCGACGACGCUCUCAAGGACAUGGACAAGAGUAUAGAGCUCGACCCGUCGCUAACCCAGAGCUUCAUCAAGCGCGCCAGCAUGCAUCUGGAACUCGCCAACCCCGAUGCCGCAGAAGCCGACUUUGCAUCCGCCCUCUCCUCCAACAAAGAUGACCCCGACAUCUACUACCACCGGGCCCAACUCCACUUCAUCAAGGCCGAAUUCGGAGAAGCCGCCAAAGACUACCAAAAAUCUAUCGACCUUGACAAAGACUUUAUAUUCUCGCACAUCCAGCUUGGAGUCACACAAUACAAGAUGGGCUCCAUUGCAUCCUCAAUGGCGACGUUCCGCCGCUGUAUGAAGAACUUCGACAAAGUCCCCGAUGUGUAUAAUUAUUACGGGGAGUUGCUGUUGGAUCAGCAGAAGUACCAGGAAGCGAUUGAGAAGUUCGAUACGGCGGUGGAUAUGGAGAAGAGUGCGAAACCGAUGGGGAUGAAUGUGUUGCCAUUGAUUAAUAAGGCGUUGGCUCUUUUCCAGUGGAAGAAUGAUUUCGGGGAGGCGGAGAAGUUGUGUCAGAAGGCACUGAUUAUUGACCCCGAAUGCGAUAUUGCCGUCGCCACAAUGGCCCAACUCCUCCUCCAACAAGGCAAGGUUACAGAAGCGCUCAAGUACUUUGAACGUGCGGCCGAGCUGUCGAGAACGGAGGGUGAGAUUGUUAAUGCGCUUUCUUAUGCUGAAGCUACGAGGACGCAAUUAGAGGUGCAAGAAAAAUACCCAAAACUCGCAUCGAGAUUGGGAGCGAUGGGUGCGGGCUUUGGCGCUGGGAUGCGGUAA